AUGCCUAUCCCCAAACACGAGUACUGGGACUUAUUCGGUGUAGCAAACAAGGUCGUCUUCUGUACCGGAGGUGCCGGCACCAUUUGCAGCGCUCAAGUCCGCGCUCUGGUGCAUCUCGGGGCCAACGCCGCCAUCGUCGGCCGCAACGUCGAGAAGACGCAGAAUGCCGCCGCCGAUAUCGCUACCUGCCGCCCCGGCGCGAAGGUGCUGGCCCUGGGAGGCGUUGACGUGAGGAAGCCUGAGGAUCUGCAGGCCGCCGCCGACAAGACCGCGAAGCAGCUCGGCAGCAUCGACUUCGUCAUUGCCGGAGCCGCAGGAAACUUUCUGGCACCCAUCUCGCAGCUGAGUCCGAACGCCAUGAAGUCGGUCAUCGACAUUGACGUUCUGGGCUCCUACAACACCGUCAAAGCCACGCUUCCCUAUCUACUUGAGUCAGCGGCGAAACAUAGGACAGACGGCAAGACUCCUCCGGCAAACGGCACUGGCGGUCGCAUCAUUUUUGUCUCGGCCACCCUUCAUUACUCCGGCACGCCGCUGCAGGCCCACGCCUCAGUCGCAAAGGCCGGCGUCGACGCCCUCUCGGCCGCCAUGUGCAUCGAACAGGGCCCGCUCGGCGUGACUUCGAAUGUCAUCGCCCCGGGCCCCAUCGCUGGCACUGAAGGCAUGCAACGCCUGUCGAAGCUCGAUUCGGCCACAAAUCCAGGAAAGGGCAUUCCCAGCGGCCGAUGGGGCACCGUCAAGGAGAUCGCGGAUGCUACCGUCUUCUUAUUCAGUGACGCGGCCAACUAUGUUAAUGGCGACGUGAUCGUGGUCGAUGGCGGUGCGUGGCGCAUGCCUGGCACUAAUCCCGGCCAGGAGUUUCAGUACCCCGACUUCCUCAUUAACGGAGAGGAGGUAACCGGAGUCAAAGGUAUGAAGAAAUCGAAGUUGUGA